AUGGGCGACCAAGCAGCAUGGAUCUCGAAGCACAAGUCAGACGAGCGGAAAUGGUCUCGUAUUUUUAAGGCUGAGUCUGAAUACGAAUCAAGAUCAAAGGCGGCAAUUUCGAGUUCGGCUAAGGAAGCAAGGUUGGCAGCUGCUCCGAGCACGAUUACCACAGAGAUAGCUUACGGCUUGUGUGAUGCUUCCUGGUCCUGGGUCCUUGGAUAUCUCAAGAUAUGCCCCCGACAAUUUCCUUUCAAGAGCCUUGCUGGUCCAACAGAGACUCUCUAUCUGAGUCCAGAAGACAUGGUCAGGGUUCAUGAGAGUGGUGUUCGAAAAGCAGCAGCAACUACUCCCAGUAAAACCAAUAUGCUCACGCUGUAUGACAUCGGCAAGACGACUACGACAGCAACACUACUUGAAACCAUCACCGAGCAUCUGAACCUUACUAGCACUGCCACUGUGUUCGAUGACACCGUGACAGAGACCGAAUACGUAAAGGCGAAGCCUACUACUAGCACCACAACCCCCAUAGUUUGGGUGACUCGCAAGAAGCCUGUGAAGAAGACAACAACUACAACAGAGUAUGAUACGACCACAAGCACGAAGACACUGGACACUCCCGUCGUUGAAGUCGAAUACGGAACCACUAUCACGAAGCCAAGGACCGCCACGCGAACUAUCCACCUAUCAGAGACAAAAUUUGUCACAGCUAUGGCCGAAACUACCACCACCAUCUAUGACACGAAGACUGUUAGCCUGUCGAUCGAUGAGACGUUCUAUACCACGAACACUGCCACGUUAACUGAUUACGCUGCCACAAUUACAUCAGAUUCCACAUACACUCAUUAUCUGCCUCGUCAUACUUCGGGGGUCAUAUUAGAUGCAGGGACUCCAGGUACCUACUCAUACGUCCUUGUGGUUCCGCAAUCCCUGAUGUGGCUUGUCGACUUGCUAGACCCCAUCUGGCAAUGGCUUAAAAGCACCUAUCUAUCUUGGAUGUUAGACACCGACUUCAGUGCACUACUAAAUCUUUUGAUGGUCCUUACGGUUGUUCUUGCAAUUGUCGCUCUCUUGUGGCGUUGCUGCUGCAGCUGUUGUCGUCCGAAAAGACAGCGUGCCCAAGGUGGUGAUGAUGGGGACAAUGAUGCUGGACAUCACGUUAACGAAACAGGUCAGACUGAGAAUUACAAGCAACCCAACCACGGAAGUAUUCCAGGUGAGGAUGGAUCGUUAUGGGAAGAUAGUGAUUCUCCUCUCGAGACCACUGGUGAAUCAUCCAAGGGAAAGGAAACCGCCAAGACCGAGAAAACAAGCCCUAACCAGACGAGCCGACAUGACGUUGCGAUGAGCGACAGCGAGACAGAGGCUCCGAAACCUACAGAGUACAAAAUGCGAGCGAGAUCUCUCUUUGAGGAUGAAAAAGGCUAUCCGGGUGAGAUCUUCGACGCCCCAGCACCAGAUCAGAAGACUUCUCACACACGCGUAAAAAGAAGACGAACCCGUCAGUGGCUAUCGGCUGAAGUUAUUGGUCUGCUUCGUUCCAACAUGAAAAAUUCUGCGAAAGCUAGGAAGAUCCUUGAGUUGUUGGAAAAAGAGGCUAGCAAGCAAAGAACAGAGGGGUUGACAGAAUCUGAGGCGAGGGAGGAACAAGCUCACACCGUCUGGGUUUGGAUUAACAUGCUAGAAACAGAGGACAAACAUGAAGGUGGAGCGAUCGCCCGACUGAUCAAAAAGUUGAUUCCAGAGUUCAAUGCAGAGGACUAUUACUCGGGAAGUGACUACUAUGAAGAUGAAGAGCCUGCCUUAGAACCCGGCGACGUUGUCGCGGAGAGCGACCAUACGACGAACCCCGUGGGUGACUCUAUCGCUCCAGUAGAGCAGUCGAAGAUAUCACUUCCAAGCCCUACAAAGACUGAAACCAUCAUUGACAAUGUUGCAGAGCAAAUCGAUAAGCUGAUUGAGCAACAACCACAGGAUGCAUCGCUCACUACUGAUCCCGUGAGUCUACCAGCUCCAUUGCACGAACUCUCUGACUCGACAAGCUCACCAAAGGACUACAAGGAGAUUCAGACAUUGGAGGACGACGAGAGUGUGAGGGAGGAUGAGAUCGCAAAAGAGGACCAGGCUGUACAGGAGGAUCAAACUGUGAAGGCAAAUGAAACUGUGGAGGAGGACCAAACCGCAACGCGCGAGCAGGCAGCAAAGGACGACACCGACGUGCCCGCCGUUGAUACAGCUUCCGACAAAGACGACAGACUUCUUGAAGACAAUGAUGAGAAACCUGUAAAUGUCUCUGAUACCAAGGCUGCAUCUCCUCCACCUGAAAUCGAGGCCGAUGUGGUGGAUGCUAAACAGUCUACACAGCAGACCGAGCAGCAGGCACUAGCAGCUCGGGCACGUACACCCACCAAGGAGGAACUUGAGUCUCUAGAAAAAGACUUUAUGGACGCAUUCGAGCAGCAGGACGCAGAAAAUGCCGCAGAAGCAGCAAAGGCAGAAAAGAAUUCAGGUGCAGCGGCUGUUCAAGAUAAUCCAGAGGAUUCCAAGUUACCAUCGGAGCCUACGGAUCAGAAAGUUACAGACGUGUCCAGCCAGCCGAAGAUAUCUCAAGCUGAUACAAAUGCGCCUGGAGAUGUUGCUACACAACAACCCUCCAGCACCGAAGUAAAAGCAUCUGACUCUACUGCCAUUGAGACGCAUGACACCAAUAUACGCACCACGGGGCUGAAGGUCAUCCCUCCAAGAAGAGGACAAUACCUGCCAGACGAAGACGAAGAACCCAGAGAAACUCCACCUCCGACCGUCAAGUUCACACCCAUACCAGGACGUAAAAUCCUCCAAGUCAAAAGGAAGCGGCCUGAUGGGAGUUGGUUUUUCUAUGGAGAGGGUCCGAAAGAGGUUACUAAGCAGGACCAAUCUACCGCACCAGCACCAGCUAGUAAGAAUGGGCAAGAGGGUUCUACAGGUAUACGUGCUGAGUCAGACUCGAAGAACUCUGAAGAGGAGUGA